CAAUCGGAAGCUUUGAGGAAUAUGGACUGGCCCUAGGCGUCACACAGUCCUGAAGCCAGUCUCUUCCCGCCCUGCGCUUCCUCACUCUUCCCCCGGGGGCAUCCUUACCUGGCCUUGACUGCCCUCGAGCCAACACAGCCCGGAGAGGUGUGGUUCUAGGAGCCUAAGGGUCUGUGUACUGUGGUGGGCAGCAACCUGUAAGAUCCGCUAAGUGCCCAUUAGGUCUGCAUUUGACCCUGACAGUGUGGGGCACUGGAUUAAGAGUGUGGAGAAAGCUUCGGAAUUUGCCAUUUCAAAUACAUAUUCUACCAGAAAUGAAGAUUUACCUGGAAGGCUCUGGCGACACGCGGUAGAUCUGGGAACCUGUGAGCAAACAGAGUAUCAUGAUGAUGUCUAUGAAGAAGCUCAGGAGCUAGUUAAUGACUGGUUAGACAACAAACUUCAACAAGAAUUAGCAAGUGAUGGAGAAGGGGAAAACGCCGUGCUAAGCAGCCCUCCUGUGCCAGAUGCCCAUGGCCACAUGAACUAUGACAAGUUUGACGAUUUGUGUGGCUAUUUGGAGGAAGAAGAGGAGAGUGCCACUGCUCAGAAAUUUAUAGAGCAUCUGCUCCAUAAAGAAGUGGUGGGUCCUGAGAUGGUGGAAGAGCUUGGAAGGCAGGAAAACCAAGGCAAGAGGCAGCAGAAGGAUCCUCGUCUUACCAUGGAGAUGAGACAUAAGCAGGUAAAAGAAAAUCGCUUAAAACGUGAGAAACAACUGGAGUUGCAGAGAAUGGAAAAUGCCCUGAAGAAAGCAGCCUUCUUGGAGGCUCAGUAUCUAGUGCAAGAAGAGAAGAGAAGGAAGGCUCUGCUGGCCAAGAAAGAGAAGGAGGGGAUUCAGAGAGAGAUGGUAAAGCUGCGGAGGGAGAUCCUGGAGAGAAGGCACACCGUGGAAGAAGCAUGGAAAAUAGAAAAAAAAAGACAAGAAGAUUCUCAGAGGAAUCCAGAAGAAAAAAUGGUGGAAAGUAGUCACGUUCAUCUCAAUGAGGAAAAAGUUGCAAAAGAAAGAAAAAGAAAACUGAGAGAGCUACUAAUCCGGACUUUCAAGGAAAAUCACCAGUGUCAAAAACGGUAUUUCUCUGCCUGGCAUAAGCUGAUUCUGGACCACAGGAUUAAGCUGGGGAAAGCUGGGACCCUUUCUGACUGGAAGCUUCAACUGAAGGUCCUGCGAGCCUGGAGAGACCAUACACGAACCCAGAAGUUGGAGCGGGAGACCCAAGCCUUGGAAAAUGACCUUAGGGAAGAGAACAGAAAACAACAGCUCGCUACUGAGUUUAACCGGAAACAAGUUCUUCGAUACUGCUUUUCCGAAUGGCAGCGUUGGCAUGGUUCAGAAGUUAUAAAGAGGGAGCUGGCUCGAGCAAAGGAGCAAACUAGGAAGAAAAUGGAUGAGCUGCUGAAGGCAGCCUCUCUCGGGAAACUCAAUUCUAAUGGGUCACUGGGUAUCCAUCAUCUUGCAGAGGCAACAGCUGUGGUGGACCAGCCAGCAGGAAGUGGAGAGGUCACCAUCAUGCCCACUGCCUGGGAAAAGCUACCCAUGAGGAGCAGUGAUUGUAUACUCAGCCAUUCCCCAGGAAGAACAACCAAGGGGAAUUUUCAGGGUCCCCUCCCAAAUGUCUCUGGGAGCACAGCUGAUGCAAAGCAGCCCAAGACUCCAGAUGCUGAGAUCUCUGAACAGCCUGGUAGCCAUGAAAAGCCUGAGACCACUAGCCAGGAAGCAGAGCCUGUUUGUGUGGGCCAUUUCCACAAUCGCCAUGUGUACCAGCAACAGCUGAUUGAGAAGCAAAAGAAGAAACUCAAGGAACAGCAGAAAACCAUUCAGAAGCUGAAGGAAAACCAGCGGUUGGCUGAGGCCCGGUGGGCAGCUGAGCGUGCAGCAUCAGUCACAGAAGCACAGAGUCAUCUUCUGUCCAAUCCCAGAGGAGCAGAGGAGCCACAGGGAACCUGCCAGAGACUUCUGAAGUCAUCUGUUCUUUCCAAAAGGUGUGAAGAUAGUAGAACUGGUUCCAGAAAUUGUCUUUCUGCAUCCAAAAAGAACCCAACAGCACCCCAUCCCUUACUGAAAGCCAUGGAAGAGAGAGCAAUUCAACGAGCUGAACGUAGGCGGAUCUUGGCAGAAAGGAAGAAAAAACAAGAAGAAGACAAAUUGGCUCAGUUAAAGGCCCAAGAGGAAGAACGCCAAAAGAAGGAUGCCGAAGAAAAGGAAGCUCAGCUUGAGAGAAAACGAGAGGAAAAGAGGCUGAAGAAGAUGAAAGAACUAGAGAAACAGAAGAGAAUCAAGAGAAAUCAAGAGUUGGAAGCAGUAGCCAAAGAUCAUUAUGAAAAGGUCUUGCUAAGGAAAAAAGGCCUGGAGCCCUGGAAGAGACUGAGAAUGCAAAGCAAGCAAAGCACUGAGGUAGCAGAAGAACAUCACUGUUUGGCACUACAAAGAAAAUGCCUGCUCAGUUGGUUCCGGUAUAGCCAGGAAACUCUGGCUACGAGGACAGCCCAGGCUGAUCAGUUGUAUUCCCAACUAUUGUGUAGAAGAGUCUUCCAAAGCUGGCUCCAGUAUGUCAGUGAUGUGGAGAAAGAAGCAAGAAAACUCUGUGUCUACUUCCUGCAGAAGAAGUUUUUCAGGGCCUGGCUUACCAUGGUCAGGGAUCUGAAGACUGAAUCCCAGAGAAAACUUGCGAUUGCAGCAGAACAUUGUGACAGGAAGAUUCUCAGUGUCAUGAUUCAGGCAUGGAAGGCAUUUGUAAAGCUUACAAAAGAAGAAAGGGUGAGAGAAGAACGGCGAGGGCAACUCCGUCGGAAGGUUGCCGACAUCCUUCCAGACUUCCAGGCGCUGACACCAUUGUGACAGCUACGGGCUGCAUACCAAUAGCUACAUGCUUGUCCUCAGGGAAGUCUUUGGGGCCAGGAUUUAUGCAGGUUAUCGCACCCACACACCUACCUGAACCUAGCUUACUUUCUAGAAGCAUCACUGACCAGUGGAAUUAUCCUGGGAAUUUGUUCUUCUUUCUUGAUCUCUCCUGGGUUGUUAGGCAUUUGUUGUAAUGUCUAUCACAGUGGGUCAUCCAAAGGAGCAGUCCAGAGUACCACUGUUUGGUGUAUUUUAUAUAUUUUUAGCAUAAUAAACUCCAAAAAGGA